AAARGUCGUAUCCUGGAUGCCAUCAGCUGUACAUUCCAGCCAAAGACAGACCCUAAAUUGGUUUGGAAUUGCAUUUKAUAUGCCGUCAGUCACACCAGACAUUGUCCUCCAGGGGAGGACUCGCCUACAUUCAGGAGAGUGYUGGGCAUUUAAAGGUUCCCAGGGACAUUUAGUCAUCGCCCUGUCCCACAGAAUUGUUGUCAGUCACGUCACCGUGGGUCACCUGCCUAAAAUGUUGUCCCCGACUGGCAACUCCUGGAGUGCUCCCAAGGAGUUUUCUGUCUAUGGAAUGAGGGAGCCCAAAAAGGAGUGGACUCACCUGGGAACCUAUCUGUAUGAUGACAAUGGAGAUCCGCUUCAGACCUUUGAGCUACCGGUACAUUUAUCCCAAUUACUUGUUUAGCUACUUUGCUUAAUCMUUUUGCAACAUAUUUAUAGCUAUURAACUUUUCAGUGCUUUAAUGUUAAAAACACAAACAUUACUAUAUUCUAUCGGGACUUGAUAACAGAAAMAUGCUAACAGAAAGUAGCUCAUAUUUGUGAAUCAGAUAAAGAAUUAUACAUAAAAACAAAAAAGGCUAAUCUCGGUCAAACUUAAUGCAGAGCAUCUAAAAAUGUAAUUUUUUCAGUCUUGCCAGAUUCUGUUUUGGAUUUAUGUCUGGACUUUGACUAUACCUAUCAUAUGAGGUGCUUCAUCUAAACCCUUCCUAUUGUAUUGCUGGCUGUAUGUUUAUGGUUGUUGUCCUACUGUCCACUCUGYUUUUAAGUCUUCUGCAGGUUGCCUUCAAGGACUGGUCUAUAUUUAUAGCUCUGUCCAUCUGCUAAUGAAGACCACCCUCACAUUAUCAGCAUCCGCUUCACAAUUAUGUGUUAUGCUAUGUUGGUCUAUCACAUAAAAUAUCAAAUUCAUUGAAAUUUAUGAUU